CGAUGAUUACUCAUGAUUACUCGUCAUCAUUAUUAUUAUUAUUAUGAUGAUUACUUUUUCAUUUGAUGGAUCUUUUCUCUGUGUUGAGUCAACCCUCUUGGUAUCAAGUAAUCCUUGCAUACACAAAUAUUGCUGUUUGUCAGUGUUUUAAGAUGGCUGACUUGAACGAAAAGUUAUUAGCAGAACUCUUGAAAAAACCUGGAAAUAACGUAUGCGCGGACUGUGGGGCAAAAAAUCCAGAAUGGGCUUCUUAUAACAUCGGAAUAUUUGUGUGCACGAGGUGUGCAGGUAUACACAGAUCGAUGGGCGCGCAUAUAUCCAAAGUCAAACACUUGAAGCUAGAUAGAUGGGAGGACUCCCAAGUGAACAGAAUCAGAGAAGUGGGCAAUGUAACAGCGAGGCUUCGUUACGAAGAGCGUGUACCUCCCUGCUACCGGAAGCCAAGCCCAGAUACUCCACAAGUGUUGGUGGAGCAGUGGAUUCGCGCAAAAUACGAAAGAGAAGAGUUUUGUCAUCCGGAAAGACAGAAUCACUACGUCUCAGGAUUUAUGGAAGGAUUCCUGAUGAAACGUGGCAAAGAAGAUUCGCGUUAUCAUCCUCGGAAGUUUGUUCUUUGCGAGGCGGAGGAUACUCUCAAGUAUCACGUCAAAGAAAAUAAGGAACCGAAAGCUGUUCUUAGAAUAUCCGAGUUGAACGUGGCUUUCGCUCCUCCGAAAAUCGGCAAUCAAAACAGCCUACAGAUCUCGUUUAUGAAGGACGGGACGACCAGACAUAUCUACGUGUAUCACGAAGAUUCGGAAGUGAUUACGAAUUGGUAUUUGGCGAUACGGUGCGCCAAGCUACAUCGCCUCCAGGUCGCGUAUCCGGGGGCGACCGAGGCGGAAUUACUUUCUCAGCUUACACGGGACUUUCCUCGGGAAGGAUUCCUGUGGAAAACCGGACCAAGGCACACAGACGCCUAUAAGAAGAGGUGGUUCACGUUGGAUGGUCGAAAAUUAAUGUACCACGAUGAUCCCAUGGAUGCACAUCCGAAAGGUGAAAUCUUCUUGGGUCAUAGUUCGGAUGGUUUUGCAGUGAGACCGGGAGUGCCGUUAGGUGCGAGAGAUCAAGGCUUUUCGUUCACUCUCGAAACACCGGAGAGGACCUAUCUUCUUUCUGCUCAAAGCGAAGACGACAGAACGCAGUGGAUGAACGUGAUUCAAAAGGUGAUAGAGAAGCCACUUACCCCGCAAGACACGAACGUGGCGGCACGUCUUAUAAGAAAACGCACAGCUAGUGGAACAAUGAAUAUAUUUUCUUCUACAAGGUAGGGCUGGAUCCCUCUUAGGUGCCUUUCCUAAUUGUUAACAAAGUGAAUAUUAGGCGAAUCAAUUAAGCUGUUUUAUUGAGAGAGUGUCGAGGGGUAGGUCGAUAGAUGCUAUGGUCAAUGCAAAACUCUUCGGAAUCGCACAACACCGUCGGCUCGCGGAUGAUACAUAUUUAUUCGUAAAUGAGAAAAUACGUUAUAUCUUAUACGUAUAUAUAGCGUUAUGAAGAAAUACUUUUAAUUAAACAAGGCAAUUCUCAGCGUUCUAAUAUGAUUAUUGCCAAAAAAAGAGAUAGGAAGAUUAAUAUAAGUAGCAAAUUGAAACGAACCAAAUAUAAGGAAUUAAGUGGUUUCUUCUGAUGAUAUAAUACAAAGUGAACGUAACUGUAACGUAACGUCGAUAUGCUCUUUGAUGAUACUUUAAAUGCUUUUUGCUCGCUGUCAAACUGACUUGAUAGUAUUAUAUACCAUAUUCUGAGCAAUCGUCAAAUUUUGUUUCGUUCGUUCGUUCGUUCGUUCGUUCGUUCGUUCGUUCGUUCGUUCGUUCGUUCGUUAAUAAGAAUUUAUGAAAUUGUAACGGAGCGUGUAGUAUUCUUUUCGGGGACUUUAGAGAAGACAUUACGUAACGAUGUAACGUGAGGAAAAGAUAAACGAAGGUGGAAUAUUCAGUGGACGAAUGAACGCCUUGAAUUCCA